AUGCUGAACGAAGCUGGUCUUCAGAGCGUCAUCGAUACAGUGGGGGAUCCUCGUUCUCGACGGCAGGUACCCUCCAAUCCUCAUGGCCGCAAGAUGAAGGGCGAUAUCCACAUCCCUGGAAUCCGCGAUCGAGGGUCUGAGCAGUACGAGGGCUUGAUGGCGGACGUGACGUUGGUCCACCCUUACAUUGGUAGCUCUGCCGACCUGACCAAGUGGGGGGAGGUCAACCUCGACGCCCUCCAUGUUGCAGCGUCUGAGAAGAUUCGCAAACAUCGCGCUGCAUAUGCUAUGACUACUCCUCCUCGAGCGUUCAUCCCUCUUGCCAUCUCGACGGACGGUACCCUGCAUCCUGACACCGCUGUGUGCCUAGUCCACAGCGAGAAGAUGAAGGGCGAUAUCCACAUCCCUGGAAUCCGCGAUCGAGGGUCUGAGCAGUACGAGGGCUUGAUGGCGGACGUGACGUUGGUCCACCCUUACAUUGGUAGCUCUGCCGACCUGACCAAGUGGGGGGAGGUCAACCUCGACGCCCUCCAUGUUGCAGCGUCUGAGAAGAUUCGCAAACAUCGCGCUGCAUAUGUUUCUGCUAUGACUCCUCCUCCUCGAGCGUUCAUCCCUCUUGCCAUCCGAUGA